AUGGAGCUAUAUGAAGAAGAGGUAUACGAAAAGGCAAAUAUAAAUGUGACAAUAAUAGUUAAUGACGACAUAAAAGAUAUAAUAAUAAAAAAUUUAAAUAAUAAUAUGAAUAAUGAUAAUAUAAACAUAAACAGCUAUAAUUAUAAUAAUAUAAAUAAAAUAAAUAACUUUUUAAAUAAUUCUGAACAGUCAGGUAAAAGUGAUAAUAUUUUAACCACUUGGUUAAAAAAAAUAAAAAAUACAUCAUCUGCUAUUAUUUUUUGUGUAGAUUGGCAAAAUAUUAUUAAUGAAAAAAUUGACAAUAAUAAUAAUGAUGUAGAGCUUAAUAAAAGAGAAAAUAUUGAUUAUAAAAAUGGUGUAGAAUAUAAAGAGGAUCCUAAUAAUGAUAAGCAAUAUUUAAACGUGCGUGGAUUAAGUGACGAAGCAGUUAAUCCAUACAAUCCAUUUGAAAAUAAUGGAAACAAAUAUUAUAAUAGUUGCAGUGGGGAUAACGCAAUAAGUAAUAAACCUGAGGAUAGGGGGGAAACAAAUAAGACUGAUAUAAAUUCUAUUCAUAAUGAGAAAUAUAUGAAAGAAAUAAGCGAUUAUUUAAUUAAAAGAAUUGAAGAAAUAAAUACAAUAAUUAUGAAAAGAAAAAAAAUAUGUAAAAUAAUUCUUUUAGUAGUGUUACCAGAAAAUACCAAAAGUACAGAAGAAUAUAUUAAGUAUAUAAGUUUUUUAAAUUCGCAAAAUAUUAGUGCUAUAUUUAUAACACUAGGAUUAAAAGGAAUACAUAAUAAAAUAAUGAAAUUGCAAAAUUUACUAAAAGAUUGUAUAAAUUCAUUUUUUAAACAAUAUAUAAUAAGUUAUGAAAGUAAAAGUAGUAAAAAUGUUUUAUAUUUUUUUACUUAUAAUUUUAAAAAAGCAUAUAUAUUAGAAAUGUUGGAAAAAUAUGAUGAAAGUAUGAAAAUAUAUGUAAACAUAUGUAAAGUUUUUUAUGAACAUAUUGGUGAGCAGAUAUUUUCAAAUAAAAAAUCCUUUUUUGAAUAUGUAAUAUUUUUUAAUUGUGUAAGUUUAAGAAUGAUAUCUAUAUAUUUAUAUUUUAAAGAUAUAAAAAAAGCUCUUCACCAUAUUUAUACUCAUAAUAAGAUAAUUUUCUUAGCAUUGAUGAAUAGAGAUGAAUAUAUAAGUAGUGAACAUAAUAAAAAAUUGGUAGAAAUUAUUAAUAUUUUUAAUAUUAAAGGUGAUAAAAAUUUUAUUGAUUGUAUAAGAUAUAAUGAAUAUGACGAUGGGAAGAAAGACAAGAAAAUAUUAUAUAUAAAAAAUAAUAGUGAAUGUGUUAAUAAACUUGUAGAUAUUUUAUACGAUAUAAUAAUAAAGGAAUAUGUAUAUUAUAAUUUGUUAUCAUGCAUUUAUUUUUAUUUUUAUAGAAUUAUAAAAAAUUUUAAUCUUAAUAUGCAUGAUGUAAUAAUAUAUGCAAUUUAUACUUGUUGUUGUAUAUAUUAUAAAAUAAAAGCAAUAGAGAAACAAAAAAAGCUACUUAAAGAAUUUCCAGGGAUAAAAUUUGAUAAAUAUAUUACAUUAGCAUCCGUUAUGUCUUUAUAUGAUUUUAUUUUAAACAUUUUAAUAGAAAUAUUUAGAGUUAUAAGUACAAAUAAAAUAACAAAUUUAACAAGAAUUAUUAUAUAUCUUUUAUCUGUUAUUUAUUAUGAAAAAGGAAACUAUGUAUUUGCUUUGUAUAUGCUAUUGCAAUUUUUUAAGGACGAAACAGGAGGGGUGAUAUUUAACUAUAUUGAUGUGAAUAUAUUGAAAAACACGGAAUGCGAAUUUGAUAAGUUUUGUUUGGAUCUUCAAGAUUUUGCUGAAACUCGGAUUUUUCUUAAAAUUGGGAAUAGAAAUUCCAAUGAGCCUAUGUUAUUUUUGAUAAUAAUAUGCUUAGGAAUUUUGAUAAAUCAUAAAAAAGUCGGGAUAAAUGUAAAUGAGAAAGAAAUGUCAAAUGAGGCUUUUAAUAUAAAAAGGUAUGAGAAAUUAUUUAUUGAAAUUUGCUUUGAAUAUAUAAAUUGUUUAAUUAAAAACAAAAAGGAAAAAGAGAAAAAGGAAUUUAAUGAAUUUAUAAAAAAAUAUUUUAAGUUUAUAAAUAAGGAAAAUGUGUAUACUCCAAUAAAUAUUAACAUAUCUAUAUGUGAUGUUUUUUUCAAAUUAUAUUAUUUAGUUGACAAUAAUAUUAAAAUAUUUUUAAAAAUAAAAAAUAAAAAUAAUUUGAAUUUUAUAUAUUUGCCAUUUAUUGGUAUAUUAAUGAAUAAAGAAAUGCGUUUUUAUAAAAUAAAAUAUUCAAAUUUUUAUGAUGGGCAUGUAUAUUUAUCUUGUGAAUUAAUAAAAAAUAAUAAUGAAGAAAAUUUUUUAUCCGAUUUUAUAAAUAAUGAAAUAGUGAUUGUAAAUAAUAAUGAAGGCAUUACAGAAUCAGGGGAACCCAAUAAAAUUCGAAAUAUGUUUUUUUUAAAUGAAAAAAAUAUAAUGAAUAUGUGUAUCGAGAACGUGAAUAAGAGCGCGAUAGAUAUUGAGUAUAUACAAUUAUAUCUUUAUAUAUAUAAUAAUAUUAUUAAAAUAAAAAUUAGUAAUAUAUAUUCUUAUAUGUUAAAAAGAAAGUAUAUGGAAAGAGUAUACACAAAUGAUUUUAACAGUUUUGAGAAUGAAAAAAAUAAUAGCAGUGAAUUUAAUGUGUUUUCAAAGGAGCAGCAUAAAAUUGAAAAUUUAAGUGAAUAUGAAGAAAUAAAGAAAGAACGUUCAAAUGAUGAUGUGAUAAUAAGAGCAGAAAAUAAAGUAAUUAAUUCAAAUUGUAAGGAUAAAAAUAAAAGAAAAUUGUUCGAAAUUAAAGAUGAAAAUGAUAAAUCUGAAUUUUAUAAAUUAAAAGAAGGAAUAUAUUUAAAUAAAUAUGAGAAUAAAAUAAUACUUAAUAAAAAUAAAUAUAUUUUUUCAAAUUUAGUAAAUAAGUAUGUAAAUUAUUUUGUUUAUACUAAUAAUAAUAUUCUAUAUAUGAAUGAAUUUAAUAUUGGAUAUAUAUAUAUUAGCUAUUCAAAAUAUAUAACAGAAUUUGAAUUAAAUUUUAAGUAUGAAAUUGAAAAUUCUAAAAAUACAUAUUUUUAUUUAUUGGUAAAACGCGAUAAUAUUUUAGGUAUUGAGCAUAUUUGCGAUGGUAAGGAAGUUUCGUUUUUUGUAAAUAAAGACAUUUUUAAAUAUGUAGAACAUGAAGAAACAAAUUUAUAUGAGUCGAAUGUUUAUAAAAAUGAUUCAGGAAAUGAAAAUAAUGAUAAAAUCCGUUUGCAAAACAAAUCUGAAGCUGAAGAAGAAAAUUGUGAAUGUAAUAAUACAAAUGAUUGUAUAAAAAAUUUUGUAAUAAAUGAGAAAAUACAUGAUUUAUUUCGAAAGAAAGAAGAAUAUAUAUCCGAAGAAACAGUAAACAAAAAAAAGUGUGAUUUUUUUUUGUUUGAAAUAAAAGAGAAUAAAUUUGAUAAUAUUUCAUUAAACACAAAAAUAAAAAGUUUAUAUGGAAAAAGCAAUUUUUGUAAUGAACCAUCUAUGAUAUAUAAAAUAAAAACCGAAAAAAGGAAAAACAAUAAAAAGAAAAAAUUGAUGUUUGAUAUAAAUUAUAAAGAAAAAUUAAUAUGCAUACCAUUUCUUUUAUAUACAAAUGAAAAACAUAGUGUAAAUAUAAAAAUAGAAUUUUCUUUUAAGAAUAAUGAUUUUAGUGAUCAUAUUGAUUAUUAUAUACAUUAUUCAGUAAUUCCAUCUAUAAUAUCGAUGGUUACUAGUGUGAAUAUGAUGGAGGGUAAAAAUAUAAAUCCUAACACAUUGAAAAGCUCAGUGAUUAGUUCUACAGGAAAGGAUGUAAUAAAUGGAAUGUUUAAUUCAGUAAGUAAUAUGAAUAAGGAUAAUAUAAAAGAAGAAACAAAUUAUAAUGAUAAUAAUAAUAAUGAAGUAAACAAUUGGGAUAAUAUUCAGGAUAUGAAAUAUUUCUAUUAUUAUAUAUAUAUAUAUAACAAUAAAAAUAAGAGUAUAAUAAUUAAAAAUAUUACUAAUGGAAAAUUAGACGAUAUUGUAAAAUUAGGUGAAAAAUGUACCUAUUGUAAUUUGGUGAAAAUAAGUAAUCAAGAAAAGGUUAAUUUAGAAUAUCAACUUAAUUAUAAUAAUUUAUAUUUUCCAUUUAAUAAAAUAUUUGAAAAUGCAGUUUUUACAAAUUAUUUAAAAAUGCCACAUGAAGACAUAGGAUAUAAUAUUAAAGAAUUAAAUAAUAUAAAUAACGAUAAAAAAAGUAAAAUAAAAAUCGAAUUAAAUUAUUCAAAAAUAGUAAAAUAUAAUGAAUGUUUUACUGUUGAAUCUAUUAUAACAAAUGAAGCAAAUAUUACGGAAGAAGUUAUUAUAUUUUUAUAUGAUAAAAGAAAAAAGAAGAAAAAAAAAAUAGAACAAAUUGACCAAAAAAAAAAAACAAGUAGUUUUAAUAAUAUAUAUUUUGAUCAAUUUAAUGUUAAUUAUAAUAAAAAAAAUCAAGACUUUUCUUAUAAACAGGAUAGUUAUUCAUCCUACAAUACCGAUUCAGAUCAUAAUUCUUUAUAUUCUUCUGGAGAUUUAGAAAACAUAAAUUUUGAGGAAAAUAAUAGUGAUUCCAAUAUAAUAUACAAUGAUGUUAACGAUUUAGAAAAAAAAAGAAAUAAAAAAUAUAUAGUUAAUGGGGUUAAAAUGAUGAAAAGUAUUUUAUUGCCUUAUCAAACAUUUCGAUUGAAAUGGUCUUUUGUCGCUUUUACUUAUGGUUUUUUAAAAUUGCCUAACGUAUUAAUACAAAGAAAAACCAAAAUUAAAAAUAAUGUAAAUGUAUUUUCUUCGGAAAAUAUCGAACUAUUCGUAAUAUAA